AUGCACGAAUUCACAAUAGGACCACUUGGAGAGUGGAAUGGAACGGCAAAAGUUAUUGUUAAGACGGGCAGUAUUUUUGGCGAAUCUGCAGAUGUGAUUUGCCUGACUGUAAGCAGCACCUUGGAACAUUCACCUUCGAUAUGGAAAUCUCUUACAACACAAGCAGGACCCAGGGAAUACAAGAAAGCUUUCAAAACUGCUAAAGAAGGGUCGCAAUACCUUGGACAUGGCGAUAUCCUUGUUGUGGACACUUCCAAGACAAAGCUGUCUGCAAAAUUUGUUUUUCUCGUCGUCUAUCCCGAUAUUCAUCAUCUCGACAAGGCAUAUCGUGCAAUUUUCCGUGAAGCUGCUGCUCGGAAGUGUACUUCAGUAGUGAUCCCUGGACUAGGAUGCGGUUUGUUUUUUUUUUGCCUCUUUAGUUGUCGAAUAGUUUAUUCAUAUUUUCUAGAUUUCUGGAAAGGUUGUGCCUCAAACCAAACAUACGUACUUAAUUCAUCUUUGGUAUUGAUAGUAUCAGGCUCACUUUCUUUUAUUUUUUUCUCACACACUUAA